CGCCAUUUUUGUUGUAGUUGUUAUUUUUUCGCCGUGUUGUGUUCGCUGAGUUUUUGUUUUUUGUCAAACAAAUUGCAAGUCUAUAGUUAACAAAAGGUGUUGUGGCUUAAAUGUGGCUAACUGCAGCAUGCAUAUUAAUGUCCGAAGUUUACAAUAUGUGAAUUAUCCUGCGAAAAUGCAGCGAGUAAGUGCGUGUGGCCCUGCGCGUAUGUAUGUGCGUCUGUGUGUGUGCACCGAUUGUCAUCUUUGUUGUUGUUGGUGUCUCAAAAAGGAAUCCCUCCAAAAAAGUACCAAAAAGGAUGAUGUUCUAUUUGAAUUUAAUGUGAACUAGUGUUUUUAGUGAUAUUUAGUGAUUUUUCUGCUCUGGUAGUUGUUGAAUUAAUGUGGAAAGUGCUUUAUGCCCCAGGUGAGUCCACCUUGCUACCAAUCAACCCUUCUUGACCACAAAAGGGAUGUCUAGCCAAACACUAGAAUAUUAGACUAUCAAUCGACUUGUAGCCAGUUAAAGGCAAACUAGCUACAGCCUUCUACAAAUGAUAAAAAUAAGCGGCUAUAAAUAGUAAGAGUGUAUCGGGAAUUGCCUGCAAUAAAUAGUUUACUCAGCACCUCAAACUUCCAUGUGUUUUUCUCUGGGCUAUACCUUUUUAUUUUCAAACCACCCGGGUAAUAAAGUCAGUUUCCUUGGAUCCUCCAUUACAGGUCAGUUCAUCGGGGAUAUUCCGCGUGGCCAGUGGAUUGAUAAGCAUGAGUACUUCUUCCUGAAAAACCAGAAGCAGGGUUUUAACCUGGUAUUCAAUGGAUACAUGUACAAGAAGGAGGCCAGUUUCCGGGCCACGGUCAAUUGGAUCUGUUCCGACGGAAAUGGCAAGCGUUUGAACGAGAACAAGUGCUCCGCGAGGGCCAUCACCAAGUUCGACGGAGGGAUCAAGCUGGGGAAGAAUGCCCACAAUCAUCCGCCGCGCUUUUUGGGUGGCAAGGUGCCCGCUAAACUAAUGCCCAAGGAUGCUUUUUAUCCGCAAUAUUAAAUGAGAUUACAUAAACCCGAAAGAAUGUCAUUUGUCCAAAAGAUUAUACCCAGUUGCAUGCAUUACCUACCAUAAGCUCAUUAAACUCAUGUGGCAGCAGUCAUUUCAUCAUCAUACCAUCUUCAUCUUCGUCUUCAUCCUCUUCAGCAAAAGACCAGAACAAGGGCGUCCUCUUGAAGCGCACCGCUCAGGGCGAGUUCCUGGUGGUCAACGGGAAGUCUUACAAAAAAACCCGCGCCAUGCAGUACCGCACCUACUUCCAUUGCUUGACCAGGAACUGCCCGACCUACUACGUCCUCGUGGAGCUGAGCCGACGACCUCGACUCACCAGGCAUCAUGAGCACGCCCAGCACUGUCUGCAGUGCUAUUAGGAUGUAGGAUGUGUAUGUAGUCAUAGGCCGAAUCCGCAAUGUACAAUAUACCGAAUACCAUUUUACCAUUAAAGCAAUCCCAAGUGUUUUAUUUCCUUUUCUGAACUAAUAAUUCCCCCUAAUCCAAUCAUCACGCACAACUAACGAGGAAAACUCUUCUUAUUGUAGCCAAAUUCGACUACCAGAUCAGCGUGGAUGUGGGCGAGGCCACUAUGCAGCUGGCCAACGCCUCGUCCGCCGGAGUGGUCAACAGCAACUCUCCCUUCUUCAUCGUCAGCAAGUACGGCACCAAGCAGAUCAUGCUCAAGCAACACACCUUCAAUCGUCACAUCUGCCGGGACGACGUCACCUAUUGGCGCUGCAGCCAGUUCGCAGUGUUGCGAUGUCGUGCGCGGCUCAAGACCAAAUUGGAUACACUCACCAUCCUGAACAGCGAGCACAACCAUGAAGUUAUCACUAAGGCGCGAAAGUACGGCUCCCUGAAGCGACAGCGGGCGGAAGCCGAGGCGGCAGCCCGGGCGGAGCGUCGUCAGGACCCAUUGGAAACGGCCGCCACUUCAGCGCCGGCAACAACGACAUAGCGCACUAGUCUUAAGUCCAAGUGUAAAAUAUUGCAUCACCUCAACACUCGUCUGACUUAAUAAAAAUCAAGUUAGCUAAGUUUCUCGCUCUUCAUGCGUCUCUUUGACCUCUAGCUUUAGAUCUGCGUCGCACUCCUCCACCAGUUUGUACUAACCAAGUGUGUAUAUUUUCUAUUCACAGGUUCUGUUGCGUACUACUCGUACAUCACCGGUUUUCGAGGGAGCCGAAAACUUAAGAUCGGAGAGUUCUCCUUCACUCGAAACAAGACCUCGGGAUUGAAAACUUAUUGGUCUUGCGCUCGAGCGGGUGUUCACAAAUGCAAGGCCCGUGUAGUCACCGCGCAAGACCACGAUGUGACUAUCAAAUGCGGACAACAUAACCAUCCGCCCUACUAAAGAAUCAUAUUAAAACCGGCCGACUUUGGAUCAUUGUAUAGAAUCAAUUUAUAGCUUAUUUAUUGUAGAAUACAAAUCUUGAAAAUCGAAAAACCGUAUUUUGUAAAAUUUACACUUUAACAGUUUUUGCAGUAGUAGACUUUACACUUAAGCUAACUCAAAGCUAAUUUGUUUCUUACAGUAUGCGAUGAUCUGGAUGACAUGAAGGGCGCCAUCAAGCACAGCCUACUCACUUUUAUUCGGGGACAGCGCGGCUGCAAACUGCUGGCCUUUAAUGGCCACAACUACGUGCGAAACCGUCGCAGUAACCUGAAGACCUACUGGAUAUGCUCCAAAAAGGGAAGCACGAAAUGCAAUGCUCGGGUGGUCACCAAUGUAGUUGAAGGUGUGCACAAAAUAGUACUGGAAUCGUGCCAUCACACCUGCCUGAACACGGAGCGAAAAAAGCGGCUUUCAGUAACAAACGUUGUGGGGAAAGCGCGAAGCAAGUCGGAAAAGUCUGUAUCCACGGGCUUCAUAAAGGAGGAGGGUGACGAGGAUUUAACACUGGAGCUAAGGACGCUCAACUUAAGCAUCGAGGACCUUAACAACCUGCAAUGAAUCGAGACUCAAAAUCUAGCCAUAGCUUGCGAACUAGAAGUAGACUAUUUAUAUGUGAAUCUAAAAUAAACUCUUUGUCUUGUUUAUUUAAGCAGAAAUGUCCUAUAUGAUUUAAAGAAACUAACUGUAUGUGCAUGUGUGUGAAUGAUUGCGUUGCCUUUAACUAAUUCUGCCUGUUUUUCUAUGUUUUAGUGACAUUUGAUGUGUUAACGGAUCCCAUCGUAAAACCCGAUCAACACCAGCUGAUGAAGCGCGUUCGUUUGUCCAAAUCCAUGGAGGGCGUGCACUACGUUCGCACUCCGGCCGGGAAUGUCGUUCUGCACUGUGGGGAGCAUCGUUACCUGCGGAAUGCCGCCUAUAAGGACAAGGUCUACUGGAAGUGCAGCAAGUGGCGCAAGCAAUGCCGCUCCCGCGUCAUCACUCACAUCUUGCCGAAUGGCCAAUCCCGCUACGCAGUCAGUGGCGUGCAUAAUCAUCCAUAGAUCAAAGAGCAUUCAGAAGUCUGAAUCGGGACACAUACAUAGCUGUAUAGAUUAGGCAGCUUUUUGUACAGAAUGAUGUAGUAAACGAAAUUGAACCGAAAUCCAUUUCUAGUUUUGCGCAAUAACACCUUUUAAUUUGUCAGAUCUUAAGCUUGAUAUAUAAACAGGCUUAGGAUUAUUUUGCAGAAGAUAGUAUUUAUUAAGGUAAGGUGAGUGUGUUGCAAUUGACUUGUUUAAAACUUUACUUAUGUUUAUGAAUAGACCAACCUCUUGUUUUAUUUUACUGUACCUAAAUAUAUAUUUUUUUUAUAAAUCUUUAUUCCGCAAUGCGGUGUUGUUUUUCUUUUAAUUUUUUUAAAUAUGUAUAACAUUUUGCAUUCACACUAAUUUGUUUUAUUUUUCAGAUUUAGGUGAACUCAAUCCUAGCAACCUGGCUGACUUUGGUAACGAGAGCUUCUUGCCCAAAACCAAGGGUAAACGGCCACAGAAUGUUCGCUGUGGACUGGCGCCCGAUCAGAAGUGCGUCCGCACCCUGGACGACUGGGAUCGCAUCCGGUAUGAUCGGACCAGGAGCGGCGAUGUUCUGGUCUACGACGGAUAUCGUUAUGAUCGACGAGCCAACUACAACGAUAUCAUAUAUUGGGGGUGUGCCAAAAAGCGACUAAGCUGCAACGUCUACAUGAUUACCCACAAAAACAAACCCACAUAUGUAGCCAUUUCAGGCGUGCACAACCAUUUGUAGACGUGUAUACAUUGCUGUAUUACCAAUAAACUUACAAUUCUUCGUUUAAAACCUAGUUUAGUAGUUAUACACAAGUGAUAAGACACUCCCAAGUUUAUGGUUAUUCUAAUUAUCUGCUUAAUCCUUUUAGAACUGGCUGUCUUCGGCACUGGACAGCGGGGAAGAACCGUGCUGCUCUUCCAAAACGAGAAGUUCGUUAAGAACCGAUGUUCCGCCUCUCGUACUUAUUGGAUAUGCUCGAAAAAGGAUGUGACGGUCUGCAGGGCUCGUGUCGUGACCGCGGUGGACAAAAACUCACAGGAGCGAAUCAUCAAAUGCACCUACGAGCAUGAUCACAGCCGGAAAUUCCCUAGCAAUAACGUAAACCUGCCUGUGCUCAUAAAAAGGGAGAAGGCCCUAUCUCUGGAUGCGUCAUAGGCUUACAUUUAAGUGCACAUUGUCAAAACCAUAAGACAUCUAACAAUCCACUUUUAAAUAAAUGACUGCUUUUAAUUUU